AUGGCCAACGGAUCAUCAACUGGAAAUAAUCCUACGUCCCAAUCAAAUGGAAAUCCUAAUGGUGGUACUACGUCGUCCGCGGGAAAUCCCGGUGUACAACCCGCGGUCGAUCAACCCGCACAAGGUGGACAAAUUUUGGAUUGGGAGUACGUCGAUCGUUUCUCAUUCGAGGAUUCCGAUCAUUUCGAAGAGGAUUCGCUUUGUAGUUGGAGCAGUGAAACCGAAUCCCUUUGUAACAAUUGGCGAGGAUGGCGUCGACCAACUGCAGGAUUUGGUACCGCAAAAAGGCCGACAGAUGAUGAUCCACAAGUGCCAACCUUAUGCGAAUUAUCAGCACGAUGCGUUGCCUCUCACAUACCCUUCGAGUUGGUCGAACACGUUUAUCCACCUGUGCCGGAACAAUUGCAGCUGAGGAUAGCUUUCUGGAGUUUUCCCGAUAACGAGGAAGACAUAAGACUCUAUUCUUGUCUUGCGAAUGGCAGUGCGGAUGAAUUUCAACGUGGCGAACAACUUUUUCGUUCGAGAAGAGUCAAGAAUCCUCUGCAAAUAGGUUUUCACCUCAGCGCCAGCGUAAAUCCGCAAGUAAUCUCAGCAACGUCUGGUGUCGCUAGAUCUCAAUCUAAUGUAGCAGUAACUUUCGACCGUCGAAAGAUCACAUCGUGCAAUUGUACUUGCACUUCCAAAGCUUAUUGGUGUGCACACGUAGUUGCUGUUUGUCUUCAUAGAAUACAUAUGCCGACACAAGUUUGCCUAAGAGCACCAGUGAGCGAAUCCUUGUCGCGAUUGCAUCGAGAUCAGUUGCAAAAAUUUGCUCAAUAUCUUAUAAGCGAAUUGCCACAACAGAUUCUUCCCACUGCUCAAUUACUCUUGGACGAAUUGUUGUCAGCCCAACCGAAUGCCAUCAAUAGCUAUUGUGGUGCUCCUGAUCCUACGGCAGGUGCUUCCGCACACGAUCAGACAUCUUGGUAUCUGGACGAGAAAACGUUGCACGAUAACAUUAAGAAAAUUCUUAUCAAGUUCUGUGUACCAGCGCCUAUUGUGUUCAGCGACGUAAACUAUUUGAGCACUACCGCACCUCCGGCUGCAGCCGAGUGGUCGUCGCUUCUUAGACCAUUGAGAGGUCGAGAACCAGAGGGAAUGUGGAAUCUGCUCUCGAUCGUACGUGAAAUGUUCAAGAGAACAGAUCGUAACGCAAUACCGCUUUUAGAAAUUAUCACAGAAGAGUGCAUGGCCUGUGAACAAAUCAUUGUUUGGUGGUUUAACACGAAAGUAGCUCUAUUGAAUGGUACAGGACAUGGUGGCGGUAAACAUGUUAAUAUGAACAGCAACGUUCACGCAUCUCAACAUGCGUGUUCCUCGCUCUGCGACGAAAUUAUCGUUCUUUGGAGAUUGGCUGCUCUAAAUCCUGGGUUGUCACCAGCCGAACGAGAGAUGCUUCAUGAUCAAUUUAUGGCAUGGCAUAUGAAGAUCAUUGAUAAAGUCACUAAAAGUCGUGGUACCUCAGUAUCCCAUAAUUCGCAUAAUAAAAAUAAUAGCAGUAGCUAUAAGGAUUCAUUGAAGAACGAUUUAACCGUUUUCGUUGGCUUCAAAACAGCUCUUGAGGCGUGUUAUUUAGAUUGGGAAGAAUAUAGUCUGCCGGGUAUCACGUAUACGGCUGAAAGCAAUCCCAUGUAUCAUUGUCCAUUUACAUGUUUUCGACAUGUUGGUGAUAGUGGUACCGAAGUAAAUCAGGUGAAUUCGAGUUCAGCGGUCUUGAAUUGUCAGCCACCUAUUUCUCAUCAUCACAGCAGACGACCUGUAUCCUUAGGUCUCGUAGAAUUUAGUUAUACGGAUAGACGAAGAUUGAAUCCGCGAGAAUUUCCAGGCUUGUGUUCAAGAGGCAGCGGCGGAGAUGGAAAUCGUAGCAGCGUUAGUUCUGAAGGUUUUUGCGAAAAUGAUACUGAUAUGGCCGAUAUUUCUGAACCUCAACUACUACUUAGACGUGGAUGUGCCAGGUUAAAUAAUUGCGGAGAUACAGAUUCACAGGAGGGUGGAGGUAGUGAAUCCUCAUUGAAUAGCAACGUGAGUUUAAAAAAUGUUCAAGACUCGAAUAAACAUUGUUCAAACGUAUCAUCGGAGAGUCACAGUGACAGUAGUGAAAGUAGCAACAAUAAGGUUGCUAAUGAAGUAAAGUGUGGCAGGACGAAUUUCGUCGACUAUCGUGAUAAGUCGCGUACGGCAACGGCUAAAGCAACAGGAUCAAAGACUGAACAAGAAUCUGAACAAGAGAAUGAUGCUUCCAGAAGACAAUCAAAAGAUGAAAGUUCAUCCUCUAGCAGCGAUAGCCCUUCUGGUGACGAAUAUAACGUCUAUUAUUACGAUUCAAAGGCGACAGUGAAUAAUGCAGGAAAUGAUUCGAAAACUGAGUCACCUCUCACCAUAGCCCCGAGCGCGAGUGCAUUGUUGGGCAAUCUAAAGAAAACAGAAGAUCCCUGGGGUAUAUUUCUUGCUAGAGCGGAGGGUCUUUAUGCGCAUGGACAUACACGAGAGGCUUGCAUACUGUGUGUUCGAUUAGCAGAAGAAUUAUUAGCCAAUCCUCCAGAUUUAAUGAUAGAGGAACCUCCCGUGCCAUUGAAAGGAAAAAAGAAAAAGCAACAAGUGAAUCCAGCGUCACAUCAAUUAACGUGCCUUGCCUCCGCCACUUUGGCAAAAUGUUGCUUCUUGUGCACGGUACUCGCUGAAAAUCCUGAAUAUCACAAUCUUGCAUUCAGAGUUGGUCUCUAUGGUUUGGAAAUGGCAAGACCGCCGGCAAAUACGAAACCUUUAGAGGUCAAAUUAGCACAUCAAGAAAGCGAACUCGUGGGUUUGUUGAAAAAAAUUCCCUUAAGUCAAGCAGAAUUGAAUAUGGUGAGACAAAGAGCAGCGCAAUUGCGAGAUGGCGUAUUACGAUCAAGAGGGCAUGCAUUGCUACCCAUUAUUUUAGCAAGCUUCAUAUUCGAUACUUUAAAUACACCGAGAGGUCCAGAAGUUAACAAAGAAGCUGAUGAAGCUCUCGGUUUCGACGCAGCUGUUGCUGCUUUAGGACUCAAAGCGAACGUAAGUGAAGCAGAUCAUCCUCUUCUUUGCGAAGGUACCAGACGUCAAAGGGGCGAUUUGGCGAUUACUCUUCUUGUACAUUACAAGGAUGCACCAGCUAAAGUAGCUAGAAUAAUGAACAAACUUCUAGAUCGUGAUGUUCAUCAAUUAAUUAAGUCUCCUAUUCUUAGUAUUUACUACACUGCUAAUCCUAUCACCAAGCCUGAGACGACGACACAUUUGCCGGAUGACGAAUGUUUGUCGCCUUUAACAGGCGCUGAUAUUGCUGGAAACAAUGACAAUGUUAUUGGUAAUGGCAGUAGACCACACAGUAGUACAAGCGCAGAGUUAGAAAAUAGCAUGAGCGCGUUAACUCUUCAACCACCAUUAGUGCAACCUGUACCUACUAGAACUAAAGAAACAAGGUACAAGAGUAAGCGAGUAUGCCCAUCGAUCCCUAACCAACCAUCCGAAGCUGGUGCACAUUUCAUGUGUGAAUUGGCUAAAACUAUAUUAGCUAAAGCAGGUGGUAGCAGUUCAACUUCAUUGUUCACUCAAGUAUCAACGAAUCAAAAUCAUCAUGUACCACACAGAGCUUUGCACAUGUGCGCCUUCCAACUGGGCUUAUACGCUCUUGGUCUUCAUAAUUGCGUCAGUCCUAAUUGGUUGAGUCGUACUUAUUCUACGCAUGUAUCUUGGAUCACUGGACAAGCUGUGGAAAUUGGUGCGCCGGCUAUAUGGUUUCUCAUUGAAAGUUGGGAAGGUCAUCUCACUCCUCCCGAAGCUGUCAGUAUCGCUGAUAAAUCUUCGAGAGGGAGUGAUCCAAAUAUGGUUAGAGCGGCCGCAGAAUUGGCAUUUUCUUGUCUACCACAUGCUCAUGCUCUUAAUCCAAACGAAGUGCAAAGAGCAAUUUUACAGUGUAAGGAACAAAGUGAUGUCAUGUUGGAGAAAGCUUGUAUCACGGUUGAAAACACGGCGAAAGGUGGUGGUGUUUAUCCAGAAGUACUUUUUCAAGUUGCCAAAUAUUGGUAUGAGCUGUAUAUCCGUCACACACCUAGAGGAGAACAACAAGAUGAGAUGCCAAACGAUUCUUUACAGUUAGAUCUUAACAGUGCCCUUUUAGUAGAACCUGGUCCUCCGGUAGAUUUAUCUGCAGGUCAAAUGAUACCAGGCCCAACACAGGCUGUCGUAACUAGUACACAACCACCUCCUCAGCCAUAUUCUGCACAUCCCACUGUAACGACUCUGGCACCCUUGGGUACAGUACAACAGUAUUACAAUCACGAAGCACAAAUAAUACAACAACCAGGAGUUGGCAUGCCCUAUGCGGUAGCUCCCUACAGUUUCGUACAUUCUCAUCAUUCAAUUCCAACGUUUGGUGGUCCGAUGCCUUCGCAUAGAGUAACACUACCUCCUGCACCACCACACAUGCAAAUGUAUCACACAGGCUUUCCGCCUCAUCCUAGAUGUCCACAGCAUCCUCAACAUCCACAACAUCCGCAUCAUCCACCACCAGCUGCACAGCCACCGCCAGUGCCGCAAUACUACACACCGCAACCUCCGCCUCCGCCAGGAACGCAUCAUUUGUUCACCAUGCAACAAACCAUGCCAGUUAACGUUCAAGCGGGAGUAACACAUGGUCCUAUCCCCGGACAGAGUGGUUUGCCUGGACCAGCAUUAGUACAGUCUCAACCAAUUAUAUCGACUGUAAGACCGCAAUCACAGGUUCAUAGACAAAAUCAACCGUUUAGGCAACAGCAAUUUAGGGCAUUGGUUGCGGCGUAUCGCGUAGGUAUGCUAGCCUUGGAAACGUUAGCUCGUAGAGUUCAUGACGAUAGGCCCCAAGCAAAGUAUGCACGUAAUCCACCUUACGGAGAAGACGUUAAAUGGUUAUUAAGAGUUUCGAAACGUUUGGGUUCGCAAUACCUUCAUCAGUUGUGUGUCUGCACGGUGAAUAGCAUCGUCAGUCCGUUUGUUCUUCACGAAGUGGCACUCGAAGCAGCACAUUACCUCGCCAGAAAUAAUCCAACUCUGGUGUUACAACACUUGAGAUCGGCUCCUCUGGCACCGCUCGUACACAAGUGUCAGCAAAUGUAUAUUCAGUGCAUGCAUCAAAAGUUGUAUCAUCUGGCACCCGAUGAUUACGAAGACUUCGCCAGUGUAGUUUGUGCAGCAAGAGCGGCAUUCCAUAUCACUCCAGAAGGGCACACGCAAUUCAAGGAAUGGCUUCAAUCUAUCAAAAGGCCGUAUGCUUUCAGAUCUCAAUCGUGCAACAAAGAUCUAUGGGCGCAAAUCAAUGCGGCGUUACAGCAAAACGGCAAAUGACAUAGAGCGGAAUCAGGCAUAUCGAGAGGGACGUCAUUACCCCAUCCAACAUCAGCAGCCCCUGGAACAAUCGUCGUAACACAAGCAUCUGUUACGGCAACGGUAGCUGCAUCGUUAUCACCAGUUACGACGACGACGACGACGACGACGACAACCACGACGGCUACAGCAGCGAUUACGACGAGCACACCGAAUGUAGUCUCGCAUCAACAUCAAUCUUCAUCUCAUCAAGAACGUCGGACGCGUUCACGUGUCGGUCAUCCUCAACAAGGACGACUUGGGCAGGAUUUUCAUAACGUCUGUUUACGUUCGUCCUCGUGGAAACAUCGCGUAAGUGGCAACGAUAACAAAGGCAACAAUAUCGGAUGACGUAUUUUCCGUGCAGCUCGCACCAUAGAAACCGUCUUAGGAUUCUCGCUCAAAAUGGAAAAUUCAUCACGGAGAUGAGCACCCAUUCGAUCCAAUUCGAUCAACGCACGAUAUCCAUGAUGACAUAAGCUAAAAUUGCUUAAUCUAAGAGGAGGAGGAACGAGAAAGAAGAGAAAGAAAAAAAGAGAAAAAAAAGGAAAAAGAGGAAAUCUCAUAUCUAAAGAAGGAUUAUCGCGUGUUCAAUCGAUUCGAAUUAAUCUGCAGCAUGCAAUGAAUGCAUUCACUCACGUAUACAUAUAGCAUCGUCGUUAAUACUUGAAAAAAUAACGAUGCCAAUUUUUCACGACUUGUCCUUGUUCGUUAAUCGUUCAUUCAAAAUUCAUCCCCGUAAUCGCGUACAAACAUCGCGAAUGAGAGAGAUAGAGAAAAAGAGAAAAAAAAAAAGAGAGAAAGAGUCAUCAAAAGAAAAGCGAAAAUAGAGAAGAAAAAAGAAAUAUAUAUGUAUAUAUACAUAUAUAUAUAUAUAUAUAUAUAUAUAUAUAUAUAUAUAUGUAUAGAUAUAUGUAUAUAUAUGUGUAUAUACAUAAAAAGAAAAAAGAAAUAAUGCGGGCAACAUCAUCAACAACAACAACAACAACAAAAGAAAAAAGAAUAAGAGAAAAGAAAAAGAAAAACAAAACCACUCCUCGUUUUUAGUUUAAAUCGUCCGAUCGUCUUUUAGCCGCAAUUAGAUAGGAAAUUUUAUUUUGACUCAUCGUAUAGAUAGAACGAAUUUUUCUCUCUUAUUUUAUUUUUGUAAACAAGUAAAAAAUUUUAAUAUCAAUAAUGCCUAUUUAUAUAAUUGUAAUAGAAAAUUCAAAACAGAAUGUUUAUCUAGGUAAGUGAUUUAUAUAUACAUACAUACAUACACACAUAUAUAUACAUAUAUAUACAUAUUAUAUAUAUUAUAUAUAAUAUAUAUAUCACUUACCUUAUAUAUAUAUAUAUAUAACCCCUUUGGACAUUACAAUCGAAAAUUUUUAUAGUCGUAAAGAACACUCGAAUCACAUAAUCAGUGAAAGAACUGAUUUGUUUUGCCAAUUUCCCCAUUUUUAUUGGCUUUAUUCAUUUUUUCUUCUUUCCUUUCUUUCUUUCUUUCUUUCUUUCUUUUAGUGCUAUUAAUUAUAUAUAUAUAUAUAUUUAUAUAUAUAUAUAUCUUAUUUUAAUUCUUUUUUUUUUUUACUUUAUCAUAGACGUACAUAUAUUACAUGCAGCUCUGCAACAUAAUCAUUGUCUGUCAUUAAUGACAAUCCGUAAAGGAAAUGAUCUCUGUAAUUUUUAAAUUAAAAUAAUUUGAAAUAUAUAAAUAAAGGAACAAAGUUAUAUAGCUGACAUAUCACCUCAAAAAUUUGAGCCACCCACCCAAAAAUUUGCAACCUUCCCCCCCCCCCCCCAACCGCACAGAAACCGAUAUAAUAUUCUGUAUUGUCUUUUUGUUUUUCUUUCUUUUUUUUCUUUUCUUUUUCUUUUUCCUCCUAUAAUCCUAUUUUUUUCUAAUUUAUACGUAUAAUUACAACACGCUUAUAAAAAUCUUCAUCAUUUUAAUAUUAAUCAUAUAAAUUAUGUGAUCAAUUUUGAAGCCUUCGAAAUUUCAAAAAUGCUAUAUAUCAUCAAGUAAUAUGUUUCUGGUGGCUCCUAGAAAAAAAAAAUAUCCUAGAAAAAAUAUGACGAAGAAGAGAAAAAAGAAAACAAAAAUACUUUACAGAUUAGUUCACAUAUAUACAUACACACACACACACACGCAUAUACACACAUACACGCCCAAUGACCUGACAGUAUAUUCAGAUCAUCUUCCGCUAUUAUGGAAAGGAAUAGAAAGAGAUAAGAAGAAACAGAAUAUAAUCAUCAAGAUGGAACCAUUCAUUUCUCCCUUGAAAAUUCGGUAGCCUAAGUGAAUUAUUAAGAUUAAGUGAUCGAAAAUAAUGAGAAAUAAAGAAAGAAAACAAAAAAAUAACCCACGAAAUAAACGGUAAGAGCAAAGAGAGAUUUAUUUUGCAAUAUGUAAUAAUGACAAAAAAAAAACAAAUAAAGAAGAAAAAAAGAAAUUGAAAAAAAAAAGAAAAAAUAAAACAAUGCUGUACUCUACGAAUAUGCGCGUCCAUGAGAGUGUCGUGUGUCGUGGAUAUUGAUAUAAUAUAUGUAAUUAUUAUUGUUUUUAGUAUGAACUCUAAACAGUGCCUCGUCAAAAUCUAUAUAGAAGAAAGAAAUAAAUAAAAAAUACUAAUGAAAAAAAAAAAACGAAAAAAAAGAAGAGAAAAAAAAGAACAUUUUACGUAAGUCAAGAAAAUUCUAUGAAUGGACGACAUAUUGUCCAAAGGGGUAGAGAGGAAAGAAAGAUAGAUGAGAGAGAGAGAGAGAGAGAGAGAGAGGGAGUGAGAGAGAGAAAAAGAAAGAACGAAACUCGUCUUUAAUUACUCUGUAUUAUUCGCCAGUGUUAUUAUAAAUAAAAUUACGCUGUUUUACCAUUAAGAAAGAAUUAAAAAUAACGUAUGCGAUUACAUAUAUAAAAGUAAAUGUAUAGCACAUCCAUGUUUUUAAGACGACCUUGAAAGGCAGUACACAGAAUAAUUUAAAAGAAAGAGGAUAGAAAGGAAAAGUGUUAAGCAUGCUUGUAUGUAUGUGUGUGUGUAUGGCGCGUGCACGUGUGUGCGUGUGUGUAUUUGUGUAAAAGAGAGAAAGAUAAGGAUAGAAAUACCAAUAAGGUACAUACAUUCUCGAGGAUUUGCAAAGAUAAUUUUUCAUUUUUUAUUUCAUUUAUAUCACGGAAAGAGUGCCAUCUACUUACUUUUAGUUUUCCAUUAAAAACAACAGAAAAUUUGUCAAUAGUAUGACGUGAUCAUAUCUCUUUUGCUGCGCGAAAAAAUAUAUAUAUAUAAUAAAUGAUUACACCAAAAAUAAAAUGAAAAACUCGUGAAAUUACAUUCAUUAUAUUUUCUGUUUUGUUCUUUUUGUCUUUUUUAUUUUUUCUUUUAAUUUUCGUUUUUUUAUCUUCGUCCUUUUCAAUUCUUCAAUUCCGUUAUUAAAAUGACCUCAUUAUAGCAUCUAUUUGAGGCACAUUCAUUUCUUGAAUGUCUGUACAACGUAUAGGCUCUGUGUAUAGUCGAUAACGUUAUCCAUAGCGAAUAAUAAUUAUCUAAGUAGCCUACUUUAUUAACAAACUCUUUAUAGAAACAUUAUAAAUCUGUAAAUUAUCACUGGAUGAGAGGUUUAAACGAUAAACGAGAAUGAUAAAGAAAAUAGAAGAAAGAGAAAAAGAGAGGGAGAAAGAGAGACAUAUGAAAGAUUAUACACACAUUAUCGAGAUGCAUAGCAAGACACAGAAAAUCCUCACGUAGAUCGCUAGCAUCCUAUUUAUUUCUCUGCCGAACAUAAUCUAUAUGAACAUAUACAUAUAUACACAACGUUAUAAAACAUAAAGCGUUACAAAUUGUUUUUAUGAAAUCGUUUCAAUUAUAAGUUUGAAUGAAUUUGAUUUUUUCUCUCUUUUUUUUUUAUAACUACUAAUACAGAAAAAUCUAAUCGUACGAUUGAAAAAAAAUUUUAAUUGUUUUACUAUUUCAUUAUUUUGAUAAAAAAGAAAAAAAAAACAAUUUGUAACACUUUAUAUGGACCACCCGUUAAAUGUGUAUACACACACACACACACAACAUAUAUAUAUGUGUACGUAUAUACACACACACAUAUAUAUAUACACACAAGUUGAUUAUAAAUUAAAAAUUAUUUAAAUGUCUUGUUUGUUAGGAACAAUAGAAAAAAAUAUAUAUCAAAAAAAUUUAAAAAUUCCGGUUUAACAUUGAAAAUUGAUUUCUCUAUUUUGUAUUCUUAAAAUAUAUGACAAACAAAAUCAUGGAAUUUUUCUUGAUACAUAUACAUUUUUUUCUAUUGCUUUUAAUAAAUGAGUUAUUCCAAUUAUUCCUUAAUUUAUAGUCAAUCUGUAUAAUAUAAUAUACAUACGUAUACACAUAUGAAAUAUAAGUACUUUAUGUGCAUAUGAAUAUAAAUAUAAAGAUUUGCGAAAGAAUGAGAAAGUAUCGUGCGAAGUAAGUAUCCAUGUAUUAAUUAAUUUUCCUGCACGUUCGAGUCUGUUAAAAAUGAAAAUAGGAUACAUUCUCGACGCUCACAGUACAUAUGUAUGUACUUACGUGAGAAGAUGAUUAUUCGAAAGCCGAUCUUAUUCUCUACAUUUCUAACGAUCGCAAAACGUAGAAAAUCC